GGUGGGUUGGAGGACGAGAGCAGGGAACGGUGAGAUUCGUGCUGUGUUAGCAUCCCCUCAGCAACUCCAUCAAUACUGCAUACAGCUGAGAAACUGGCAAAGGUCCUCCGUGCUGCGCUUGCAGACUUGGUCAGAAGGAGAGCAACUCCCACGGCCGGUCGGCUCAGUCUGCUGCUGGAGAAGAGAAGGGGGGCUCUGCGCGGGGCACACAAACACACACUUACUUACUCUCCCUCACACACACUCACUAUAGUCUCUACUGCAUCAAGAGGCAGAAGAGGAGAGCGGAGAGGGGUACAGAGGGACACACAGACUGGGAAUACUCCAGUGGACUGGAUUGUUAGGAUAUUGUGCUAAUAUGCUGCCGCGCUCCACAGGGGACGCUGAGCACCGGGGAGUUUGACAGGAUCUCAGUGCACCUGCUCCAUGCACACUGAUUAUGUGGAGGAGCUGAUGUGUGCAAUGGCAAGCCCGGACCUACAAUUUCUCAUACGCACAGAUUUGUGUUAUCAUUACUUCCCGACCAAGCAGCCCAGCCAGAGGAUCUGACCGCUCCUCCCCCUCCUCUCCCCCCUCCCUCCCUCUCUCUGGGUGUCCCCCAGUCCCAGGCCCACCAUGGGAGGAUGCUUCUCCAAAACCAAACCAGUUGAAGUUAAAGUGGAACUCUCUCUACUGGAAAAAGAAAAAGAGGUGGACGGGCUCUCACCUAAUGGCAAAGCGAGUCCUUUUGCUGACUGCAGACCUAAUGGGGCCCUGGCACACGGCUCUGAUGAGGACUCUACAGCUCUAUACCACAAGCCACGGGACUAUGUGGAGGUGUCAGUCUGCCAUGUCAAGGAUAUAGAAAAUGGACAGAUGCGUGAGGUUGACCUGGGAUGCGGUAGAGCUUUGUUGAUCAAAGAGCACGGGGAGUUCUCUGCCAUGGGGCACAAGUGUCCACAUUAUGGUGCACCUCUUGUCAAAGGUGUAUUGUCAAAAGGCCAUGUGCGCUGUCCCUGGCAUGGUGCGUGUUUUAACAUUGCAACAGGAGACAUCGAGGACUUCCCUGGACUGGACAGCCUGCCUACCUUCCAGGUCAGAGUUGAGAAGGACAAGGUGAUCAUUCGUGCAAACAAGCAGGCUCUUCAGUCCCAAAAAAGGUCAAAGCCCAUGGCCCGAUGCUCUGCAGUCAUUAAUUCCAACACAGGCUUUAGCCAUGUUCUCAUCAUUGGCUCAGGUCCGGCAGGUCUGGUGUGUGCAGAGACGCUGAGGCAAGAGGGCUUCACAGAUCGCAUUGUCAUGUGCACCAUGGACAGACAUCCUCCAUAUGACAGGCCUAAACUGAGUAAGUCCCUAGAGAGCACAGCAGAGCACCUGAGACUGCGCUCCAUGAGUUUCCUACAGGACCAUGACAUCGAGCUGCUAACAGAGAAAGAGGCUGUUGCAAUAGAUGUGAAAGCACGAUCUGUGACCUUUGAAGACGGCCUAAGGAUUGAGUACAGGAAACUCUUUAUUGCUACAGGAAGCAAACCAAAACCAAUGAACUACAAAGGCAAGGAAGUCAUGAACGUGUUUCACCUCAGGACACCUGAGGAUGCCAACAGCGUAGCAAAGCUGGCAAACAACAAGAACGCUGUGAUCGUAGGGACAUCAUUUGUUGGCAUGGAGGUAGCUGCAGCUCUAACUGACAAAGCCCACUCAGUCUCGGUCAUCGGGAUUGAGACUGUACCCUUUAAAAAAGCGCUUGGGGAAAAAGUAGGGAAAGCCAUUAUGAAGCUGUUUGAGGCAAACAGAGUGAAGUUCUACAUGCUGAACGAGGUGUCAGAGAUGAUUGGUCAUCAUGGACAGCUGAAAGAGGUCGUCCUAAAGAGUGGAAAAGUCCUGAGGGCAGAUGUGUGUGUCAUUGGUGCAGGAAGUGUCCCUGCCACAGGCUUCCUGAAACAGAGCGGCAUCCACAUGGACUCCAGGGGUUUCAUCACUGUCAACAAGAUGAUGCAGACAAACACUGAGGGGGUGUUUGCUGGAGGAGAUGUGGUGAUUUUUCCUUUCCCGCCACGGAACAACAAGAAGGUGAACAUCCCUCACUGGCAGAUGGCUCAUGUACACGGAAGAGUGGCAGCUCUCGGCAUGCUGGGCAGAGCAACUGAGAUGAAAACUGUGCCUUACUUCUGGUCCGCCAUGUUUGGGAAGACUAUACGCUAUGCAGGUUAUGGUGAUGGAUUUGAUGAUGUCAUUAUACAAGGAGAUCUUGAUGAGCUGAGAUUUGUGGCAUUUUACACCAGGAGUGAGGAAGUGGUUGCUGUUGCCAGCAUGAACUAUGAUCCCAUUGUAUCCCGAGUGGCAGAGGUCUUAGGAUCGGGAAAGACGAUUAAGAAACGAGAUGUGGAGACUGGUGACAUUUCCUGGUUGAUUGACAAAGGCUCUUAAUGACUUUACCGAAAGUCCUCCACAAUAUGGUGCUGUGACACUGAGCAGCUAUCCCGGUCUGGACACACGCACACACAAACUCACACACCUGGGAACAGGACUUUGGAGACACACUUCCGAGAGGACACCACUGAGGCUUGCUUAUGUUCCUAAGAGACACUUAAAUGUGACACAUGGAGCCAAACACCGUCUGCAAACACUGCAUCAAUGUGUUGGCAGGUCUUAAUGACAUUUUUAAUGACAAAGCAAUACUGGAUUCAAGAUGUAUCUAUCUGUACACUUUGUUAAUAAGAAGCCAAGGACAGGCAUUGGCAUUUUCCUUUUGUACAAAUAACACUGUAUAUAGUUAUAAUCCUGAAUGCAAUGGAACAAAAGCAAGAGCAUCCAGUUUGAACUUAAUUUUUUAAAGUCUUAUAAAACAGGUUUGAGUGAACGCUCACAGACAGGCCUUAGAUCUGCAUGCAAUAACAGACUGUAAUAAGACUUAAAGCUAAUAAGCCCCUUGAAAGACUUUUAUAUCUAAAGAAACAAUGACUUGCAGCAAACCCUAGAUGCAGCCUACUACACACAUGCACACACAACCACACACACAUACGGCUUUAACUUCUAGCAAAUGAUAGUUUCAAGGAUAACGCACUGUACCUCUUUAUUAUGGCUGCCUUGCUCGUAGAUUGCACAAAUCAAAUUUCCCCUUUGAUCACAUACUAGUGCUUGCACAGUAGAGUCAUGUAUUUUCUACCCCUCUAUAGACAAAUCUUGUAGUAGCUUAUUUUUCAUUGCUGGAAUAUCUUUGUUACUAACUCAGGGAACUGAGGUUUGUGGCCUGGGCUGUUACUGGUCAUUUUUGCAACUAGGAAUGAAUUUGUUGCUUUUUCCCUAUGUGCAUUUGUUUUCAUCAAGAACUGCUUGUCAUGUUUGUAAAGCUGUUAAUUGAUUACAUCCUGAUGUGCUGAUGAUGACCCUAAACUACUUGACACACAGGUAUAGAGAGUAUUUUAAAAAAAGAAAACCUUGAGCAGCAUUUUGUAACUAAACUUUGAAAUAAAAGUCUUCCAACAACAAGUA